AGGAGGUUACAGCGCGUCCACCAUGUCCAGCAAUGCAGUAUCUCUAUAUUUGGACCCGCAAAUACGUGAUUGGGUGCUCUUCCCGAUCACGGUGGUCAUGAUACUCGUGGGUAUCCUGCGACACUAUGUCGUGUUGCUCCUACAAUCCCCGCCAAAAAAGCAACCUCGUGCUGCCAUCCGGGAACAACGCGCUCUGAUGCGCUCCAACAUCCUGCGUGCCUCGUCGGCGAACUCGCCAUUACCACCGACAUACUACCAGUCCAUAUCCCACAGCCUCUCGCAAGCCUUUGCGGAGGGAACGUUCCUGAAGGAUGGACCGCCCAAGAGCGACGCACCAACUACGCCUCCGAACCCGCUGGCCGACCCUUCGCAGAUGGACGGCAUGAUGGCUGGCAUGAAGACUCAAAUGGUCAUGAUGAUACCGCAGAUGAUAAUCAUGGGAUGGAUCAAUUUCUUCUUCCAGGGCUUCGUGUUGAUUAAGCUUCCUUUCCCGCUUACUCUGGGCUUCAAGUCUAUGCUGCAACGCGGGGUCGAGACACCGGACAUGGAUGUGCGAUGGGUCUCGUCGCUCUCCUGGUACUUCCUCAACUUCUUUGGGCUCAACGGUCUAUACCGCCUGAUCCUUGGCAAUGAAAACUCCGCGGACUCUUCGAGAGACAUGACAACACCCUUCGCUGCGGCAGCGGCGGCUCCACAGGGACCGCAAGCGCAGGACUACAACAAGCUGUUCAAAGCCGAGAGAGACAACCUCGAGUUUGCUGAAGGCUUGUAUUCCUGGGUCGGGAAGGACAUAGAGACGACCGUUCUAAAGAAGUAUGGUCGACUGCCAGAUAGCUCAUGACCUAGACGCUGCGUAGGUUGAUGUUAUAAGGGAAUG